GGGCCGGGAGGCGGGCCGGUCUUCCGUGUGCUGUGGCAGCUUCAGCCGCGCUCUUCCUGCGGCUCUGGGGCUGUGCUGCCGGCGUUGGCUGCUCGAGGUUGCGGGAGGGCACCCGCGGAGCGUGAGUGCGCGCGCGAGGGUCGUCGCGGUGCCAGCAGUUCCCCUCGCUCUGGGAGGGCAGCCAAGACCAGCAGCAGUCGGCGAGGGCCUGGACGGCGCCAUGUCGGCGGGCGGCCCAUGCCAGGCGGGAGCCGGCGGUGGCCCAGGGGGCGCCUCCUGCCCCGUGGGGGUCUCCCCAGGCGGGGUGUCCAUGUUCCGGUGGCUGGAGGUGCUGGAGAAGGAGUUCGACAAGGCCUUCGUGGAUGUGGAUCUGCUUCUGGGCGAGAUCGAUCCGGAUCAGGCGGACAUCACUUACGAGGGGCGACAGAAGAUGACCAGCUUGAGCUCCUGCUUUGCACAGCUUUGCCACAAAGCCCAGACUGUGUCCCAGAUCAACCACAAGCUAGAGGCACAGUUGGUGGAUCUGCGAUCUGAACUGACAGAGACUCAAGCAGAGAAAGUCGUUCUGGAGAAGGAAGUCCAUGAUCAACUUUUACAGCUGCACUCUAUUCAGCUUCAGCUUCAUGCAAAAACUGGUCCGAGUGUUGACUCUGGUACCAUUAAGGCAAAAUUGUCUGUCCCCUCUGUGGAGGAGCUGGAAAGAGAGCUUGAAGCAAAUAAAAAAGAAAAAAUAAAAGAAGCUCAACUUGAAGCUGAAGUGAAAUUGUUGAGAAAAGAGAAUGAGGCCCUUCGUAGGCAUAUAGCUGUUCUCCAGGCUGAAGUUUAUGGGGCAAGACUGGCUGCCAAGUACUUGGAUAAGGAACUGGCAGGAAGGGUCCAACAAAUACAGUUACUGGGACGAGAUAUGAAGGGACCUGCUCAUGAUAAGCUCUGGAACCAGUUAGAAGCUGAAAUACAUUUGCAUCGGCACAAAACUGUUAUCAGAGCCUGCCGAGGACGGAAUGACUUGAAGCGACCCAUGCAAGCACCGCCAGGCCACGACCAAGAUUCUUUAAAGAAAAGCCAAGGGGUUGGUCCAAUUAGGAAAGUUCUCCUCCUUAAGGAAGAUCACGAAGGCCUUGGCAUUUCAAUUACAGGUGGAAAAGAGCAUGGUGUCCCAAUCCUCAUCUCUGAGAUCCACCCAGGGCAGCCCGCUGAUAGAUGUGGAGGGCUGCAUGUUGGGGAUGCUAUUUUGGCAGUCAAUGGAGUUAACCUAAGGGAUACAAAGCAUAAAGAAGCUGUAACCAUACUUUCCCAGCAGAGAGGCGAGAUUGAAUUUGAAGUGGUUUACGUGGCUCCUGAAGUGGAUUCUGAUGAUGAAAAUGUAGAAUAUGAAGAUGAGAGUGGACAUCGCUACCGCCUGUAUCUCGAUGAGGUGGAGGGAGGUGGUCAUCCUGGUGCUAGUUGCAAAGACACAGGAGGUGAAAUCAAAGUGUUACAAGGAUAUAGUAAGAAGACAGUAGCGGAUGCACAUGAAAAUGGAGACAUGGGAGCUUCGAGCGAAAGUCCUCUAGAUGACAGCACUUCCAAAGUGGAUGAUCUGCACAGUCUGUACCAUAAAAAGUCUUACUAAUUUGACUGUAGCUUCAGACAAGAUUGUUAAUCAGACUCUUGAAUUUGGGGCACUAGAGAAGAUGGUGACAAAGACUGUACAAGAUCAAGGGAGACUGUUUGUUGCCUGAAGAAAGGCGGUACCUCAGGGCUUCAUGUGAACAAUUCUAAGUGCAUAAAACCCCCUGUUUUCUCUGAUAUACCACAAUUAGCUAUUGCAUGUAAAGCGAUUUUGAUUUUCCUGGAAUCGUAAGCACCAAAGCAUGUGUUUCCCAAAGGGGUAUUACUAGACUCUUACGUACCAAAUGCAGUACGAUUUUAUUUGGCUCCUUUUCAUAUUUAAUAGGACAAUGCUAACUGGAAUUUUAUAAGUAACCUUUAAAUACAACAGAGUAAAUGAGUUCAUAUCACAUAUUUCCUAAUGAUAACUAUGGAAUUUCAAAUGUCAGAGCUUGACUCGGUGAAUAGCAGAAAUCUAGGUUGACUUAUUUUUGCUUAACUGAAAAUUUUGUUUUAGGAUUUAAAAAAUGUAUUGUGCAUUCCUGAUAACUAAAUCAAUUCUUCUUGAUCAUUUAUUAUGAGUUUGCACUCCAAUUUAUUCAGUGCAGUACAAAAUAGUUUUCUUUAAGCAAUCCUUUACCAAUCAGUGCUGCACUAGAAGUAGUCUCUGAAAAGUUACCGAACAUUUAACUUUGGGUUUUUAAAGGAAAUACAGAUGAGUGUAAAAUACCUGUUCUCAAUUAUGUUGAUCUAUGUGCAUGGUAUUAGAGCAUUACGCUAUUAAUGUUUAAUCUCAAGUGUUUAUUUUCUGGAAUCCAUGAAAGUCACUUUUAUACAUUUUGAGUUGUUCAUAAACUUUGUCUUGUGUAGUCAGGAAACAUUACUUUGUUUUGAAAUAUAUUGUGUACAAACAGCAGUUUUCGUUUAAGUACCUGAUUUGCCAAUCAUUUAAAAAGCUGGGUGCCAGGGUGAGCAAGCUAAGGUGAAGACAUUUUGGUACUGAUACAGCAACUGUAUUGGUUUUCAUAUCAGUAUAUGUUUGACUAAAGUGAUAUUCGAGUGCAAACCCUAUGAAUUUGCUAGUUCUCUUGUAUCAGAGUUAAGCACAGAGUCACUGCUCUCACAUUCACUGUCCUGCAGACCAUUGUACCCUGCUGGGCAAAGUCAAAAUAUUGUAUUUAAAGAGGGUGAUUUUUUGGCAACAUCACUGUUGUCAAGGAUUUACAUUUAAGGGAACAUAACGUGGGAGAAGCCUACAUAUAAGGCUUUUAGAACAUUGUCAGUAUCUUCAUUUCUGGUGUGCUUGUUUUUCCAAGAUGCAUUAUAUAUUUGUUCAACGUUAAAUCUAUAAAAUGUAUAUACUUUAUUUUGUGAUUUUUGCUAUUUAUAAAUUUCAUGUUUUAAUUGUUGCUCAAUUAUAGUUUUUUUUGGGUA